AUGACCUUUUCGGUCAUUCCCAAUAUUACGUUUAAGACUCACACAUAUUUAAUAGAUCUAAUUGAUCCACCAUUCAUUCUGGGAAAAAAUGAAAUAUUGGCAAGUCUUUCCUCUAAAGUAGAUAAAAUAGAAUAUAUUAAACGAGAUACAACUGAUGUUUGUUCUAGUCUAAAUUUUUCAGAUGUUUUAAGUGAUAAUACAAAAAUAUUUGGAUUUUAUGACCCGUUAAAGCCAUUAGAAAAUAAUUAUUCAGUGGUAGAAUUUAUUAAAGAUACUAGAAUUAAUUAUCUUAAUUAUAUUGUUGAUAUCAACAUUCUUUAUAGUUCUGAGACUGACAGAACUAUACAACAGGAAUUGAAUGAUUUAAGGAAUAACUCUGAUUUAAAGGUUAAUAUUAUUAAGAAUGAUUGUGAUGAUGACAGUCUUGAUCUUGUAAAAGGAAGUAUUGAUAGAAUGCAUAACUCUGAAUGGAACGAAAGUUUAAUUACAACAUUUACAGUUAACGUAAAUGAUAAGGAAACACCUUCACUUUUAAACAAUAGCAACAGUAGUAAUACUGUUACUUUCAAUAGUUUAUUUAAAGAACUUAAUGGAGUGAAUUUUACAAAAUUGAUUUGGGGAUUUGAUCUUAGUGGAAUUAUGAAAACUAAUCCUGGAUCAAUAACUGGAUUGAUAAAAAAUGAUGAUACGUGUUUAAACAAUGAUAAUUUUUAUAUUUGGCCAUGGAAAGAAAUAAGGAAGACCGCAUUAACGGAUAUGUGUAUAGCUAAGAAUAAUGGUGAUUGGAUUCGUUAUUUUGAUUCUGAUACCAACUCUACGAUUCUUUCAAAUUUACAACUCGAUGUAUCUUUUGCUUACGAAGAUCCUGAAUCUUUAUAUUAUAAAUUCAAAUGGGUGACCGAUAAUAAAUUUGCUGGAAUAUCAAUUGCAAAUUUAACAUUUGAUUCAAUUAAUGAUAGCGUAUUGAAAUUUAUAAAAUCUGUAAAUAAUGAAAAUAAAAAUAAUGGAAGUACCGGAGAUAAUUCUACAACAGAUGGUGAUGAUAAGCAUAAUUCUCCAAUAGUGGAAAAAAAUGAAAUAUUUGCAAGUUCUUACUCUAAAGUAUAUAAAGUAGAAUAUAUUAAACGAGAUACACCUAAUGAUAAUGAUAUUAUAUCAAUUGUAUCUGCACUAUUGACUUCUAUUUAUCUUGGAUCACAAGGAUUAUAUUUUAUUGAUUCGUUAUUUAAUCCCAAAGAGAGAUAUCUUGGAAUUCCUAUCCUCGAUAAUAUUUUAAAUUAUUUAGUGGCAAUUUUCUUAGAAUCUAUUAAUGACCCUACUUCAUUAUUAUUUAAUCAUUGUGGAACGCCAUUAUUUAUUGUCGUUUUAUACACGUAUGCUAUAGAAGCAUCAAUUCCCAGUGUAUCUGGUUUAAUCACGCAAUAUUUAUUAUUUGCGACUUGUUCACAAUUCAUCGCAGUUUCGUUUGCACCAAUGUUAGCUAUGGUAUUUUGGAAAAGAAAAUCUCAAGAAAUUUCUCCUGAAACUGCGGAAGUAAAUAUUAUUGAGGGAUAUAAACAAGUUGCAUAUUAUUAUUUGAUACUUUUUGGAAUAAGUGUAUAUUCUUGGAUCUAUUUCUGGGUUCAUGCUUCCGACAACAACUUUUUAUAUCUUAAGUCAUUAAUUACUCAAUUUUUCAAUGGUGAAUCAGCACAUGGUUCUAAUUUAUUGUUUGCCGAUUUAUUCUUUAUGGGAAUUCAUAUGAUUUAUUGGGUAUAUUUAGUUGAAGGUGCCAAAUUUACUUCUCGAUUUGGAACUUUAUUAUGGAAUUGUGUGGUAUUAAGUCCGGGAGGAGCUAUUGCUUUAUAUAAUUACGAAAGAUAUUUAAUGAAAAGUUCCCAAAAAUAA